AUGGGGUCACUAACCAUGACUCCACAAGUAACCCACUUCGUCUUAUUCCCAUUCAUGGCGCAAGGCCAUCUCAUCCCCAUGGCCGACAUCGCCAAGCUCCUCGCAUCCCGCCCCGGAGUCCACGUCACCAUCGUCACCACGCCGAUCAACGCCGCUAGAAUCAAAUCCUCAAUCGACCGUGCAGUCAACGAAUCACACCUUCUCAUCAACCUCGUCCAGCUCCGUUUCCCCUGUUCCGAAGCAGGGCUCCCGGAGAAUUGCGAGAGCUGCGACUUGCUGCCUUCCCUGAACUCCUCAAUGGGAAUCUUCAAGGCCGCCGCUUUAAUGGAGCCGGAGGUGGAAUCCCUCUUCGAAACCUUAAACCCACCACCGAGCUGCAUCAUCUCCGACUUCUGCCUUGCUUACACCAACAGGGUAGCGAAGAAAUUCAGCGUUCCGAGGAUCAGCUUCCACGGGUUCUGCUGCUUCAGCCUCCUCUGCCUCCACUGCAUCAAGCUCCACGGGGAGGAGGUGGAUCGGCUUAGUGCGGGCUCCGAUGACGAGUACUUCGUCCUCCCGGGUUUUCCGGGAGGAAUCGAAUACACCAGGGCGCAACUUCCCAUGCGCCCUGCGAAUGGAGGGAAUGGGGAGUCGAAGGAUGAAGUAGUUGUGGAUGAUAUAACGAAGGCAGAGUCGGAGGCCUAUGGGGUGAUUGUGAACACGUUCGAGGAACUGGAGGCAGAGUACUUGAAGGGAUACAAGGAGGCGAAACAGGGGAGGGUUUGGUGUGUUGGGCCCGUUUCGCUGACCAAUCAACUCGAAUUGGAUAAGUUGGAAAGAGGGAACUCCUCCUCGUCGUCUACUGCUACCGUAGACAAAUGUAUAAGCUGGUUGAACGAGAAGGAGGAGAAUUCUGUAAUUUAUGUAUGUCUGGGCUCAAUAUGCAACCUCUCGUCCGUGCAGCUGAUUGAGCUGGCAUUGGGAUUGGAGGCGUCGGAGAAAGAGUUCGUGUGGGCGAUUAGGGAGACCGAGAAGACGAAUGAGCUAUUCGAGUGGAUGGCAGAUGAAGGAUUUGAAGAAAGGGUUUCGGGGAAAGGGAUGGUGAUUCGAGGGUGGGUGCCUCAGGGCCACAUGAUCCCCAUGGUCGACAUUGCCAAGCUCCUAGCGUCCCGGCCGGGCGUCCUCGUCACACUCGUGACAACUCCGGUGAACGCAGCCAGAUUCAAGUCCCCGAUCGACCGUGCAAUCAACGAAUUAGGUCUCUCAAUCAAAGUGGUCCAGCUUCGAUUCCCCUGUUCAGAGGCAGGGCUCCCUGAGAACUGCGAGAACGCCGACUUGCUCCCUUCCUUCUCCUCCCUCAUCGAUUUCUUUGUCGCAGCCGCGUUAAUGGAGCCUGAGGUGGAAACCCUGUUCGAAACCUUGAAGAACCCACCACCGAGCUGCAUCAUCUCCGACUUCUGCCUUCCUUACACCAACAGGAUAGCGAAGAAAUUCGACGUCCCGAGGAUCAGCUUCCAAGGCUUCAGCUGCUUCAGCCUCCUCUGCCUCUACUGCAUGAAGCUCCACCGGGAUGAAUUCGAGAGCUCCGCGAGGAGCUCCGACCACGACUACUUCGUCCUCCCGGGGUUUCCGGGAGGAAUCGAGCUCACCAGAGCGCAGCUUCCGAUCCGGUACGAGGAUCUAUGGGGUGGGAUGACGAACAAUGGAACUGAAGUUGAUAUGGGCAAGGCAGAAUUGGAUGCUUAUGGGGUCAUUAUGAACACGUUCGAGGAACUGGAGGCAGAGUACCUGGAGGCGCUCAAGGAGGCAAAACAGGGGAGGGUGUGGUGCGUUGGGCCCGUUUCGCUGACGAAUCGUUUCGAAUUGGAUAAGUUGGAGAGAGGAAACUGCUCCAUCUCCGCUUCCUCUUUGUCAUCUUCAUCAGCUCGAGUCGAUCCAUGUCUGAGUUGGUUGGAUGACAAGGAACAGGGUUCAGUGAUUUAUGUGUGUAUGGGCUCGAUAUGCAAUCUCUCGUCGGCACAGCUGAUCGAGCUUGCUUUAGGUCUUGAGGCGUCAAAUAAGGCGUUCGUGUGGGUCGUUAGGGAGAUUGAGAAAACAAAGGAGCUUUUCAUAUGGAUGGAAGAUGAGAAAUUCGAGGAGAGAGUUUCUCCGAGAGGCGUGGUGAUACGAGAGUGGGCGCCCCAGGGAUUAGCAGUGGGGUGCCUCUAG